AUCACAGAAAUUUCAUCUAUUAAUCUGUGGCUAUAUUAUUAUGUGACUCGUCGUUGGCUGCACCGAUUUUAUCGUUUCGAUUGGUUGGCGCGUUGUAUCAGUAUCACAAUCCAAAGCUAAUUUUUUUUUUUAAGGAAACCUAGUCGCCGUCGCCUGUAGUUGAAUUGACUGUUCUUAUUUCUUAAACACAUUGCAAACCGUAUUUGUUGUUAUUACUAUUUACCGUACGUUUUACGAAUAGUUAAGUUUCGACAUGAGUAAUAACAAUAAAUCGGCAUUAUUUGCUUGCUCAAAGUGUUUCAAACGGUAUUUGUACGAAGAUUUGUCAUCUGGGCAACAACUCUGUAAAGAAUGUCGAGGAUCAUAUCCUGUAGUCAAGUGUACUUACUGUCGGUCCGAAUUCCAACAGACUGAUAAAUCAAAUACGAGUACAAUUUGUAAAAAGUGCGAACAAUUUGUGGCUCAAUAUGGAAGACCAACAGCAUGUAGUUACUGCAAUAUCAUAGCUGCUUUCAUUGGCCAAAAAUGUCAGCGUUGUGCAAAUUCUGAACGCAAAUACGGGCCACCUGUAACUUGUGAUCAAUGCAAACAAAAUUGCGCAUUUAAUAGAAAAGAUAUGGAUUGUGAAUUGCUUGAUGGAAAAGUAUUAUGCUGGUUAUGCACUUUAUCAUUUAAACGAGCUUUAGCAAAAACAAAAAAAACUGAUGCUGAAAUGAAACUAUUAGUAAAAAAACGUGAUGGAUCAAAAAAUAGGAAAACUAAACAUACAAAUGUAAUGAAAUUAAUUGAUGAUAGUGGUCCAGAUUUUGCUUUGCCACCACCUUCAAAAAUGCAUCGAAAUUCUCAUAGGCAUGUUGACGUUAAUUCAGAUAAUGUCGUGGUUAUUACUGAUCUCAAAGAACAAAUAGCCUUGUUACAAAAACAGUCUCAUCAAAAGAAUUUUCAACUGCUAAACAAAGAUAAAUUUAUAACCGAAUUGAAAGCCAAACAUUUUACUACAGAAAAUGAAUUGCGAAAUAAAAUGAAUUCGGACAAAAAGGAGUAUAGUAGAGAAGUAGAAAUGUUGCAUAGUAAAAUCAAGUGUUUACAGAAAGAGGUUGCUACUUUAUCCAAAAGUGGCGGUAAGCGUGGUGUACAUCUCCGUAAAGAACACGAUAGUGGUAGUGGUACUGAUAGUCCAUCUGUGACAUAGUUUUAGUGUUGUAAGUACUACAAGUUAAUGUUAUAUUUGGAAUGUACUUUGUGAUUUAUUUAGUGAUAUACAUUUUUUUUUUUAUUUAAUCAUUGUAUGGACAUAAUAAAUAUAUGUCAUCUUUACAAUUUUAACCUAUUUCAAGUAAACUGAUUAAUUUAUUAUGAAUUGUUCUUAAUUAAAUUAUGUUAAAAUACAUUUUCCUUUUACUCUUCUACAUUUAAUAAUUGCUCAUCUGAAAUACAGUUAGUAAGUAGCUCUAUAUUAUAAACUAUUACAUAAAUGUAUUUGAUUUUCUCUACUUUUUAACUUUAAAAUUAUUAAUCAUAAUUAUUUUUUUAUAUUAUGAAUGUUUUUUUUUUAAUUUUAAGUUAUUUUGAAGAUAAAAAUUAGAUGUCUUAAAAUUAACUACUUACCUAUGUUUAAUACUGGGAACAAUUUAAGUAAACAUUUUUUUUUAUAUAUAUUUAUGUAUAAAUAUAUUUGUAUAUUGUCUGUGGCCAAAUGAACACAAAUUAGAUUUCUGUAAUUGUAUGACUUCAUAUAUCCAUUUGUGCUAUUAUUUUUAAUUUAAUUGUCUUUGAACAAUAUUUUUAAUAAAAAAAAUGUGAUUUAAAAUA